AGGAGAGGGAGAGAGAGAGAGACAGAGAGAGAGCUGUGACUCUUUUAAAUGUCUAGGGCAACAAAUUUCAUCCUCAAAUUAUUCUAGCACCUUUGGUUGCAAGAGUUUAUGAUCAUCUACCAUCUUCUAGACCAUAUAUCUUCCUCUACUUUGGCUUUAGGUGAUACCAAACUCAAGUCUUGAUCAUUCAACUAGAAUUGGUUUUGUCAAAUUACAAACCCUAAAAAUAUAAACAAAGAUGAAGAGAAGUGACAGUGCUGAAGAACAUUCAAAGACAAUCUCUAGUAACAAGAAUGAAGAUGAGGAUGAAGAUGAGGGAGAAGAGGUCGACGAUGAUGACGAUGAGAGUAAGCCGAAGAACCGGUCAAGCUCAAGCAACAGCACAGUUGAAGGGAAUGAAAAGAAGACACCUUCUGGAUCUGUAAGGCAGUAUGUCCGGUCCAAGAAUCCAAGGCUCCGGUGGACUCCUGAUCUCCACCUUUGCUUUGUUCAUGCCGUUGAAAGACUUGGAGGCCAAGAUAGAGCAACACCAAAAUUGGUUCUUCAAUUGAUGAACAUCAAAGGCCUUAGCAUAGCUCAUGUGAAGAGCCAUCUUCAGCAGAUGUAUAGGAGCAAAAAGAUUGAUGACCCCGAUCAAGGGCAAGGAAUUCAGUUUGAUGGUAGGGACCAUCAUGUUUACAACCUUAGCCAGUUACCUAUGCUGCAAAGUUUCAAUCAAAAUGCCAGUUCCAGUUUAAGAUAUGGUGAUGCUUCAUGGAGCACCGGUCAUCCCAAGAUUCACAACCAAAUUUAUAGUAUGGGAGGGUCUGCAUCUAAUGGAGCUAGACGUGGACCUUACUCUUCAACAGCUGAGAAGAUCUUUGGAAGCAUAGAUAGAAAUAUUUCGCCAAAUUACAAUUUCCAUAUCCGAAAUUCUUUCAAUGGAUUACAAGCCACCAUGAAAACCCAUGAAUCCCAAGAACAUCAGUUGCAACCACUUCAAACUCAUGGAUCAUGGCAAACCCAAAUCCGGCUCAUGAAUCAGCUGCAAAGUUCAGAGAAAAUUUUUCUUUCCCUCGAAAAGAACCAGAAUGUCAUGACCUCAGAAGAGCAAAGCGCGGCGAAAAGAAAGGUCCCAGAUGCAGAUUGCAACAAUCUUGAUUUGAAUCUAUCUCUGAGAGUGACACAAAAAAAUGAUGAGUUUGGCAAAGGUUUGGAGGAUGAUCAAGAAGUUGAUAGUAGUUUGUCUCUUUCAUUGUUCUCAUCUUCAUCCUCAUCAAAAAAGCAUCGAAGAUUAGAGGACAGUGAUGGUACUAGGAAGCAUGAAAUAACAAGUAGUACUCUAGAUCUGACUUUAUGAAUGAAGACAAUUCGAAGUGAGAUCCUGUGGUACUAGUUGUCAUGUACUAGCAUACAAGGUAAUUAAUGGUUUCCAACACUUAUUCCUUUUGUUGUUAUUAUGGAUUUGUUUUGUAUGCAUAAUUGUUACAUAUUUAGCUUCAAUUAUUGUAUAUUUAGGAAAAGAAGCGUUUUAAAUAUCUGCUGAUAUUUAUUGAGA